UGGCUUUCUAGCUAGCUAGCGUUUGAACUUUUAGCGUUAGUUGACAUUUCCGUCCUCAAGUAAAGUACCUAACGAAACAGCCGCUUCGGUUGGACACUUAGAGACAGCUGCUGUCGAAGAAAACGACCAAGGAGGAGUUCAGUCCAAGGCAUCAUGGCCAGUCAGCGGCCUCCCUCCAGUAUCGGCCGUCCAUUGAGCCGCAGUGGUUCUGUGGUCCCUGGCGCUGGAAGACCCCCAACUGCCGUCCGACCUCCUCCUACAGCUAUCCGUGUCGCAACUGGGAUGGUUCCCGGUACAAGCGGUCAUCCCGGUAUGAGGGGCGGCAUCCCGAUCUCCAUCCCUGGAGUCCUCUCAGCACAGAUCAAAGUGACUGACAGGCCUGUGACCCAACAGGGGCUCAGUGGCAUGAAGACUGGCAUGAAAGGACCUCAGAGACAGAUUCUGGAUAAGUCCUACUACUUGGGCCUUCUUAGGAGUAAGAUCAACGAGUUAACCACAGAGACCAGCAAACUGCACAAAGAGAUUGACAACUACAACCAGGAGAAUUCUGUUUAUCUCUCCUACGAGAAGAGAGCCGAAGGCCUGGCUUUAGAGAUUAAGGAUUUUCAAGGCCAGCUUGCUGACUACAACAUGCUGGUGGACAAGCUCAACACCAACACAGAGAUGGAGGAAAUGAUCAAUGACUACAACAUUUUGAAGGCUCACAACGACAGCGAGGCUGAAAGCAUUGAUAGCAUCUUCACUGAGAGGAGAGAAAGAGAGGAGGCCAUCCGGGCGAUCGAGGAAGAGAUCAGGAGGGAAAGGCGCGUGGCUGAUGAGGUUGUCCAGGCGAUGCCAGCCGCAAAGCAAGAGAAGUAUUUCACCAUGACAACAGCCAAUGAGGAACUGCUACAGGAGCUAACUGUUCUCCAGGAGGAGCUGGACAUUCUGAUAACCAGGAAGGAGGACUACGACGCUGAGCUGGCCCACUCACACAUAAAGCAGGAGGUGGUUCGGCUUCACGAGACUCUAUCGGUGCUGGAGGCGAAACGUGACGCCAUGGAGGCUGAGCACAAGAGCCUGGGCUCCCCACAGGAGGAGAGGGAGCAGUUAUUCAAACAGGUGAAGGAAGACAACCAGGAAAUCGCCAGUAUGGAGAGACAGCUUACAGAGAUCAGGGACAGGAUGGGACAAAUCACAGAGGAGAUCCGGCAGCUGGAGCAGGACUCAGAGGAAGCUCAGGGGGAGUGUCAGCAGAAAUACAAAGAGCUGAAGAGGAAAGAGGAGGAAAUUGACCGGUACCUGGAGUCAUUUGAGGAGUCCAGGGCUCAGGAGCAGGACAAGAUGAACCAGAGUCAGGAGAACAUCGUCUCACUCCUGGAACACUGCAGCAGAAACAUGUUGCGGCUACAUCAGGUGGAUACAGUGACAGCCAGUGAGCUGAGGAACAUGCAGGAGGUGCUGGUCAGUAAGGAGACAGAGGUGGUCCAAUCAGAGAGCACUGCCAGAGGACUGACAUCUGAGUCCCAGCGUCUGCAGCAGGACCUGGAGAAGGUGCAGCAGCUGGAGGGGAAGAUCACGGGUGAGCUCAGCACCCUGAAGGAGCGCGUCACAACCAUGGAGUCUGAGCUGGUCACCUACCGAGACCUGGACACCCUGAGGCACACAGCUGAGGAGAAGAAAAAGAGACUGCAGGAGGACCGCGUAUCGCUGACUCAGCGGCGGGAUUCAUUCAGACAGCUGUUGGAGGAACUGAACCAGAAAUAUGAAGCUCUGAAGACCACGCUGCAAGAAAACGAGACUCACGCUCAGCUGGCUAACCUUGAGAGGAAAUGGCAACACUUGGAGCAGAACAACUUUGUAAUGAAAGAGUUCAUCGCCUCUAAAUCUCAGGAGAGUGACUACGCCUCCGUCGCCAAGAACGUCUCCCAACAAGUGGCCGAGUACAACAAGUGUCUGAUAGACUUCUUGCAGAACAACAGGGGUUAAACACACAUCAACAAACAGGAGAAAAAAAGGUUAUAUUUAAAACGUCUGCAGUCUGAAGACACAUUUCAGUUAACAUCAUGAUAAAGUGGUUAUUCUCGAGACAGUUAAAUAUUCACUUAAUAAACUUUUUCAGCUUUUGAUGAAAGUGGCACUGUCCAUUAGACUGUAACUGCUUACUGUUCGAAAAUACCUAAAUAUGUCUUUGUAGUUAAAGUUGAAAGUAUUUAUCUACUAUAUUUUGUAUUUAAAUGUGUAGGACAUUUUGCUGUAAUCCAUGUCACUACUGUGGGUUUCUGUGAACGUAUCUUUAAAGU